AUGGAAUAAAUCAAAAUUUGUAUUUCAAGUCUCUAGGAAUUUUAGUUUAAUCUGCAUAAAGUAUUGGAUAAACUGAAAAACGAGAAGUAUAGAUAUUCUAAAAUUUUAAAGUGAUCUUGCUAUUACUUUCCUUUAAUUUGCUGAUGAAAUAUUUCAAAGUAAUGAAAGCUUAUUGAAGAAAUAUCUUCUGUUAAUGGUAUGAUUUAGCGCAUAUAAAAUCAUAGAUAAUUAGGGAUGCAGUUUAUUCGAAUCCAAUUGGUUCUGUGACAAAUAAAUUAGCUAGCAAUAAUUCCCUUUUGAACUAUUUAUAGGAGGUAGUUAUGUUUCAACCAGGUUCUGAUGAUGAAUACAAAGGCAUUUAUCGAUUUGAAAAUGAUAGUAAUUGACAUUACUAUUAACUUGUUAGUUCCAUAAAUAGCUAUUAAAUACUUCAAUUUGAUAUUGGAACUCAUUAAAUACUUGGCUGAAAAAUACCCUGUCUCGUAAAGCAAAAAACCUACUAAGUUUAAAAUUCUGUACGACAGAUUGAUUCAAUAGAGAAUAAUCUUUCCUAAAUAUAACCGGGAAUUAACAGCGGAUGUUAAUGAAAUAGAAGAGGCAGCUGAAGAGAGCUAACCUGUUAAAAGACAUCAAGUAUAGUAAAUGGAACCGAGUAGGGAAAGUGGCAUCAAACAAUUGGAGGAAUUAUAACUCGAAAUGACUGAGUAAAUUGAAACGAUUUGGGAUAUGCUUUACGAUUAAAAUUGUAAUCCAGAAGGAGCAAAAGACAGUACAUAAAAAUUAUGAUUUUAGUGUUGCAGUUCUAUUGUGAUACUUUUAAGGAGAGUGAUGCCAAAUUACAAUAAUUGGAAUAUGAAUUAUCCGACAAAUUGAAUCAAUAACAAAAAGACUAGAUUGAAAUAUUGUGCAAUUUCAUAAAGAUUUUUAAUUUGAAGUUUAAUCAUUUUGAAAGAAACAAAACUAAGAAUGGGUUCUUGGAAUUUCAACAUGCCGUUUUAACAGAGGCUAGCAAAAUUACAAAAAAAAAUUACACUCCAUCUGAUGCCUAUCAAAAAUCAAAGAUACAACCUCUUUCCUCUACCAGAUAAAUUGGUCAAGAUGAUACUCAAGAUGUAGCCAAAUCGAAUGAUCUCACUUAAAUUCACGCAAAAGAAAAAGUUGUAUCUCAAAUUAAUUUUUAAGCCUAGUCAGAUUUAUAAAAAUAACAUGAUUAAUAAAUUAUGUAAGAUAAUUCUAAAUAAGUUGAUAAAUUGAAAGGCCCUUCAUAGUCUUAAUAUAAUUAAUAUGAUGAUUAUGAUAGCUUCAAUCAGUAAAAUUAAUUUGAAUAAUAACAGUAUGACUAACAAUUUUAAUUGAAUUAAUAAUAACAACAAUAGGAUUAUUAAUACUUCUAGGAGAAACCCUAAUAAAACUCAUUUUAACCAGUAAACUAAAAUAACCCUCAUUAAUUAGAAACUGAUUAUUAGCAAUUUGAGCACAAAAUUCCAUAAUAACACUAAAAUUACUUUUCUUAAGAUUAUUAUUAAUAACCUAUAAAAUAGGAAUGGGGUUCAAGUAAUAUGGAAUAGUAUUAGGAUUAGUUCAAUUAGAAACCAAUUGGAAUGAAAUUAACUUUUGGAAAUGGAACUGAUUUAGAAUAAGAUUAGAUGGAUAAGGGAUCGAGUUAAGUGUAAUUUAAGGAGAUCAGACAUUCGGAAGAGUAAAAAUACUAACAAUAUCAAAAUGAUUAUUCAGGUUAGCAAUUGAAUUCUCAAUCACUUGAACUCUACCAAAAAUUAAGUAGAUCAGGAUAUUCAUUACAAAUGAUUGAUAUUUGGAAGAGGACUUGCUUAUCGGGGUAGGGCAAUUUAUUUGAGAAUGAGUUAAUUAGAGUGUAUUGUACAUUUGAGUUUUAGUAUCAAGUCUUAAAUGGUAAAAAUUAUCUAAAAAUAUCAUUGUUUAUUUUCAAUAAGUCAGAGCAGAAUUGGCCCAUAAAUAUCAAGUUUCAAGGGGAUAGAUGUAAUUAUGAAUUUAUUACAAUCAGCAACGAAAUUCUGGAUAAAGUAGGACAAUAGAAAGGUUCUGGAACGAGAGUUGCAGUACUUAAUAAUGGUUGAUGAAUGCAAAGAGCCUAUUAAUUGUAAGAUACAGAUUGAGAAUAAGUUCUUUAAUGUGUUGUUACCAACAAAUCAGUUUAAUUUUAUAGAUUUACUUGAUUUGAGGCCAGAGAUUAUGCAGAUAAAAGUGAAGGAUGUUCAGUUCUAUAAAAGUCAGCGUUUUAGAUUGCAGGUUGGUUUGGAGACGUUGAAGAAACUUCGAUUUGCAGAAGUGAGUAAUUAUUAUGGUAAUGGAUUGAUACUAAAUAGGGGCGGCUUAUGGGAAUAACGAGUACAUAAAAGUGGUGAUGGUAGAUAAAAACAUAUGGAUUAUUGAGGCUACCGAUUAAUAGCUCAUUCCAUAAUUAUUAUUUUUGUUUUCUUGA